CGGCCAAUCGUCUUUGCGCUCUCCAACCCCAAAACGCAGGCCGAAAUCACCGCCGCCGACUGCUACGCUUUUUCCGAAGGGAAGGCUGCCGCGAUCUUUGGCUCGGGCACCCGCUUCGACGCCGUCGAGAUGAACGGCAAGAUUCUCGAGCCGGGUCAAGUCAACAACUUCUUCAUUUUUCCAGGCAUGUCCUUUGGCGCGUGGAGCUGCGGCGCGCGCUCGAUCCCUGAGAGUUUCUUCAUGGUCGCCGCCGAGGCGGUCGCCAACGGCCUCGACGCGCACGACAUCGAGGUGGAGUCGGUCGUGCCGCACCCGAGCCGCAUCCGCUCGAUCGCGGAGGGGGUGGCCAAGGCGGUGGUGCUCGCGGCGCAGGAGAAGGGGCUCGCCACGAAG